GUAGUUAUGCAAUCGGUGGUGGUGUUCUUGUAAUGUGAAUUCGGCACAUCCCCGUUUCGACGAUUAAAAUUUUCUUCGAAAUGGCUGCGAGCAGGAUCAACAUUAUCGCAAGGACUUUCUCCUCCUCAUCUGUGGCCCAGCAGAUGGUCAAGCCCCCAGUCCAAGUUUUUGGUUUGGAAGGUCGCUAUGCCACAGCUCUGUUCUCUGCCGCAAGUAAACAAAAGUCCUUGGAUGCUGUUGAAAAGGACUUGGUCAAAUUCCAAGGUCAAAUGAAAACUGAUCUGAAAUUGGCCGAAUUCAUCAAGGACCCUUCCAUUAAGCGCAAAUUGAAGGCUGAGGCUUUCAAGAAGAUUGGUGCCAGCCUCAACCCUGCCACCUCCAACCUCCUGAGCCUUCUUGCCGAAAAUGGAAGACUAGGAAAACUGAAUCAAGUCAUUAAUGCCUUCAAACUCAUCAUGGCAGCCAACAGAGGAGAGGUAGUAUGCGAAGUCAUCACUGCCAAACCCCUGGAUGCUGACAACAAGGGCAAAUUGGAAUCCGCCCUCAAGGCAUUCUUGAAGCAAGGUCAAACCAUUUUGUUGACAACAAAGGUUGACCCAAGCAUCAUUGGUGGUAUGGUUGUGUCCAUUGGCGAUAAAUAUGUAGAUAUGAGUGUAUCCAGCAAAAUCAAGAAAUACACCGAUAUUAUUAACGCCGCUGUUUAAAGUUAAACUUUCAAUUUGUUUAUGGCGUUAGUCGAAUGUCACCGCGAUGUAAAGGCAAUUUAAAUAAAUAGGUAUUAAAUAAAAA